AUGCUCGAGUACAGUGUUGAAGUUAAUGCCCAGAGCAGUGUUAAGCGAAAUGCUCUGCAGAUAUCUUGUUUUAAUGGGCAUAAAAAGAUUGUCCAGUUACUACUUGAGUACGGAGCUGAUGUUAACGCCCAGUGUAGUAUUGAUGGAAAUGUCCUACAGAUAGCUUGCUCUGAUGGACAUGAAAAAAUGGUGCAGUUGCUGCUUGAGUACGGAGCCGAUGUCAAUGCCUAUGGCGGUCUGUACGGAAACGCCCUUCAGGCGGCUUGCUCUAAUGGGCACGAAACAAUUGUGCAGAUUCUGCUCGAUCACGGAGCCAAUGUCAAUGCCCAGGGUAAUUACUAUGAAAACGCCUUGCAGGCGGCUUCCUAUUAUGGGCAUAAAAAGGUCGUGCAAAUUCUGCUUAAGCAU